AUGAGCAUUUUGCAAAUGAUGGCUAAAAGAUAUUUCGUCUCCAAAGAGUUUGGACAAUACAUCAGUGACUGGGCAGUAUUUGUAUUCUUGAUGUUGGAAGUGGCAAUAAUCGGCGAGCACACAAAACCAUUCUCUAGAGAGUUUCGUCUAAAUGAUCCUUCCAUCCAACACCCCUUUGCUGACCAGGAGCGUGUUCCAGUGGUAUUGUGUUUAGUGGCUGGGUUAAUUGUCCCAAUGUUGGUGAUGAUAGGAACUCUUGUGGUAAUGCACGGUCACGAUUUUGCGGGAAAUAAAGACAAAUUCAAAUAUCACUUACAUCUUAUUAAUAUUUCGUUCCUUGGUCUUUGUAUCACCCUUGCUAUUGAUAUAUUUUUAAUUGACACUUUGAAGAACUGGAUUGCCAGACCACGUCCCGACUUUCUCGCUCGUUGUGGACCAAAAGUUCCUAAAGGCGCUGACCUCACCAAAAAUUAUGAUUUGAGUAUCUGUACUGCACCACUAGGAGAACAUGUAUUAUAUGACGGCCUCAGAUCUUGCCCUAGUGGCCACUCAGGUAUUGCUUUUGGCGGGCUUUUAUACUUGAGUUUGUGGCUUGCUGGUCAGUUGAAAGCCUUUAAACCAAGAGUUCCAAUCUGGAAGCUAUGCGUUGCCGGAAGCCCUACCGUUUUGGCUGCAUAUAUUGCUCUCAGUAGAACUCAAGAUUAUAGACACCAUUUUGGAGAUAUUAUGUUCGGCGGAAUCAUCGGAGUAAUUGUUGCUAUUGUCGUGUACUUGAAGUACUUUCGUUCAGUAUUUGAUUUCAAUAAAUGCCAUGCACCAUACAGUGCCAGCGAUGAAUCUAGUGAUUGGUCAACCCCCGAUUCGACUGAAGAUAAUGAGGUACUAUUGCCGGUAUAA